GUGGUUGAAUUGAAGCUCUGAAAAGCGUAAUUUUUAUCGUUAUAGAUCGCCUUAACGAAAUUUUGAAUUAGCUAAGGCGAAGGGAGCAUUCUGCAGCUUAACUACCAUAUAGAAAGGCCGAGAUGUAUCGCAUUCGCAGCUUACAACCGUUGAAAGCUAUUUUUUGCCGGGAAAUCUUAUGCCCUUACCUCCAGCAACAUUCUAUGCUAAAACCCAGUACCGAGAUCUUUUAUUACGUCGCAAACCACCGGGAUUUGUCCGUUGAAAUAAACCCUAACAGUAAAACUUUCACCGAGAAAUUUACAGUCAACGGUGCUGUCUCUGCUCCUCCUCCUCCAGUUGCCAAUGCUGAUGAUCUUGACAAGUCCACUUUGGCAAAGAAUGCUCUGACGUUUCAAAACCUCCUCAAGAAACAUGCUGGCAGCUCUGUCCAGGAGCUUGAACGAGCUCUAGACCGCUGCAGCUCCGCGCUUACAGAGGACUUAGUUCUACACGUGCUCCGGCGCCAUCGCUCUGACUGGAAACCUGCUUUGGGCUUCUUUAAUUGGGCCUCCAAAGGAGUUGAUGGUUACACUCCGGGGUCCGGUGCUUACAAUGAGAUGCUUGACAUUCUCGGGAGAAUGAAGCGCUUUCAACAGUUGGAGCAAGUGCUCGAUGAAAUGUCAAAGAGAGGAGGUCUUGUUAACGAGAGAACAUAUGCGAUCCUAGUGAACAGAUAUGCAGGGGGCCAUAAGAUUGACGAAGCGAUUGAAAUUUUCUACAAAAGGAAGCAGUUUGGCCUGAAAGUUGACUUGAUGGCAUUCCAGACGCUGCUCAUGUCCCUCUGUAGAUACAAACAUGUAGAAGCUGCUGAGUUCCUAUUCCACUCAAAGCGGAAUGAGUUCCCUCCCAAUAUAAAGUCCUGGAAUAUAAUUCUUAAUGGGUGGUGCGUUUUGGGGAGUUUACGUGACACAAAGAGGUUCUGGAAUGAUAUUAUUUCUUCUGGUUGCAAGCCCGAUGUUUUCACGUAUGGGACCUUUAUAAACUCCCUGACCAAAGCAGGAAAGCUGACCAGAGCAGUUCAGUUGUUCCAGUCCAUGUGGGAGAAGGGUUGCAAUCCAGAUGUCGCCAUCUGCAACUGCAUCAUAGAUCAGCUGUGCUUCAAGAAGAAGAUUCCAGAGGCUCUUGGCAUCUUUGGGGAGAUGAACGAACGGGGUUGCCUUCCGGAUGUUGCAACUUACAACUCGCUCAUAAAGCACCUGUGCAAGAUUCGGAGGAUGGAAAAGAUUUAUGAGCUCUUGGAUGAAAUGGAACAGAAGAAAGGAAGCUGCACGCCAAAUGCUAGGACUUACGGUUACUUGCUCAAAUCCAUGAAGAAACCUGAGGAAGUUCCUGAGAUUUUGAAGAGGAUGGAGAGAAAUGGCUGCAAGAUGACAAGUGAUGCCUACAAUUUGCUAUUGAAUUUAUAUAUAAACUGGAACCAAUGGGAGGAAGCACAAUCAACUUGGAUUGAGAUGGAGAGAAAUGGUUUAGGACCUGAUCAGAGAUCUUACACCAUUAUGAUCCAUGGACUUUAUAGUAACAAAAGGAUAGAAGAGGCUUUGGACUAUUUCAACGAGAUGACAUCAAAAGGAAUGAUACCAGAGCCAAGGACCAAAUUACUGGUGAAGGCUAUGAACAUCAAGUUGAAGGAGGGGAUUGGUGAGCAAGGGAUAAAGGUGACAAAUGAUGACAGUUCAUUAACUCAUCCGGUUAAAUCUAAAAGGAAUAGAAAAGCGAGGCAAUGAUUCCUUAAGUUUUUCUUGAACAACAUGACUUCUCUCCUUACGAGAAAUCAAGGUGGACAUGGGAACUUGGUGAAGACUUCAUGACAGCCAUUGAGGACCAGUAAGGCUUCUAAUUAAUAACUCUUAACUAGAAUGUGCAUGUGGUUUUGUUGUUGAAAUCCCCAUUCUAUGUAUCCUAACCAAGUGAUUGAGAAGAACCAUUGCAAUCUUGAAGUUCCGUGUCCAGGUAUGGAGUUGAAACAAGGGUAGGUGAGGCGUUCAGUGAAGUGGUAUCUUACAAGCUCAAUGGAAUCAGUAUCUAUGAAAUGUAAACGGAAAUUACUUUGGAGGCUUUAAGCUGUGGGUGUACAAAGAUAUUGUGAAGUUAUCACUCCUCAGUACCUUAAUACGUGUUUGGAGCUCAGUGCCUUCAUCUAGAAGAAGCCAAUCCCUUUGUCAAAUGAGGCUUCUGAUAACCUUGUUACUAAUAUUGUUUCUUUUUUUAUCUUUUACAUUACAAUCUGAUAACUACUUUCUAUAAA